UUGGUUUAUGGUAGUAAAGAUUAAUCAUUGUUUGAUAAUAUAAUUUUUGCUAUUUAAAAAAUAUUUAUAAUUUUAAAAUUGAACAUCGACAAAUAUUUAAAUAAUUAACAUAUGGAGGUAUAGUAUUACAACAUUAAAUUAUAUCUAUUUAAUUUAUACUAUCUAUAAAUCCAAUGGAUCAUCUAUUGUUUAAAUCCAAUUAUUGAUAGCUCAAUAAUAAUUUCUGGUAGACCCAAAAUUUAAAUGAUAAGAUUAGAGAUUAAAUGUAACAUGACUUUCUAGGAAUAUGUCUAUUAUAUCUAUUUUUAAAAAAAUCACACAUGAAUCGUAACUUAUGUUUUAAUAUAUAAGAGUUUAGUUAGUAAAAGUAACAUAUUAUUCUCUCUCUUUUUUUGUAAAAUAUAGGAGGUUAGUUAGUAAAAGUAACAUAUUAUUCUCUCUCUUUUUUUGUAAAAUAUAAUAUUUUAUUAGAUAAAAUAUUAUAUUUUGAAACGAGAUUGAGCUAUUUGAAUAUUUUUUGAAAUUAAAAUCAUAUUACAUCUAAUAAUCAGCAAAAUUAGCAAAUGCUUAAUGUUUAAAUUGGUUCGAAAAACUAAAAAAAAAAAAACUAGAAGUAGAAGCUUGACUUAGGCAGAUGGUCAUGGCCGACUCAACUUUAGUAGGGUUGCCAACUUGCCACUGAUUACGUACGAUCGAACCAGUUGUUGAAUAGACUGUAAUGAGAAGCCGUUUAAAAAAAAAGACUAUGUUAUGAGAAAAUAAUAUAAUAGUACAAACCGACGCUAAAAACACGUUAAUAUAUACACAGAAUGACAUAGUACGAUAAAAAUACAAAUUGGAGCAUAUGCAGUUUCUUAACAUCAUUGCACGAUUGGAAACUUUAACCAUCGAUCUGGCUCAAAGACACACAAGCAGAAGGCUUGCACGACUGGAAGCAAAGAAGGCUAUGUAAAGGGAAGAGAAACACGCGUUGGUGUAAAUGUGAUCAAGAUCGUCAUCAUAUUAAUGGAGUGAACUAAGAAUAUUUUUUGUACAUAGAGUUAGACCUUUAUGCUACAUUAAUUGUACCAUCCCAACGAUUUAUAUCUAUCAUCUCUCCUUUUUCAUGACCUAUAGAUCCACUCUCAUUUGAAGUAUUUUUGUAACUUUUGAAGCAUUAAAGAUUGUACUUGUUAGGGCCAAACAAGAGGAAAAAGAAAAUUGCGAGUCAGUUCCUCCUUCAAUUUCAACAUUUCUGCUCUUAAUAAUUUACUAUUUUACUGUAUGUACUACUUUCUACAACAAUCGCUGUCAAAGAGUUACCGCGAUAUCUUUAGUGUCGACCCCACUGAAUUCUCAGAGCUUGACUUUCUCUCGUCUCGGAAGAUCUAUCUAAGAAGUAAGAACAAAUCACAGCCGCUUAUUUUACACGUGCAUUUAAGAAACAUGCAGCCAUUAUUACCAAACUGUCCUCUCUCAGACACUCCUUAAACCUCUCCGCUCGCUCGGUAUAUUUGUCAAUCGGAGACUGCCUUUUUUCAUAAUCAUCAACAAGAAAAAAAGGUAUUCAUGCAAACUUUUCUACAAUAUUUUUUAAUAUGCAACUUCACGGUGACCAAGACUCUAAAGUAACCAGUGCGGUAUUGAAGUCUCCGUCCUUUUUUUUACAGUAUAAUAUAGUUUCUUUUCAUCUUUCUUUACCUCUAUUGCCCUUGGAUCAUGGAAUAGUAAAUCAUCUCUCUGUACUGCAGACUCUGGAUUCGUUUCAUAUUCCAAGGUCACUCUCACUGACUCUGUUCUUCGAUCAUCGUUACAUUUCUUGGCUUCUCAAUCCCAGUUUUGUUUGUCGCUCUUGUGUUGCUUUUAUGCUUCAUGAUUUACCUUUUAGGUGAUAAUCAUUAUGAUCGUUUGCUUUGUAUCACCUUUGCUUAUUAUUCUUCUUUUUUUUUUUGUUAGAUAUCUGGAUUUUGUUGAUCACAAGGGGGAUUGUUACUAUUUUUUCUAACCGUUUUAGUGGCUUUAUUAUACAUUUCCAUCCUCUUGGCUUUUCUCUUCUAGAGGAAAUAUAUGAGUUUUGUUUUUACUAAGAAAAAAACAAAGAUUAACACUUGUGGACUUUUCCGAUGAAGUGGGUUUGGUUAGAUCAAGGGUGAUGGAAGUGAUUAUGUUUGUAGUUACAGAGUUCUUUUAUGCAUAUGAGACCAAAAUUUUGUGCGGUAGAAGCAUGCAAUGAAUAAGCUCUCAAUUUGUGGUGGAGAAAAAAAGAUACAUUACAAAUCUAAAACCAAACUCUCUCUCUCUUUUCUGCCUUAUGAGAGUUUGUCGUUAUAGCUUUGUUUUGAAUGAUUAGAACGUUUUGAACCCGUAGGUCCCGUACAUCUCUUAGAGACCUGAACUAUUUUAAAUUCACUCUCCUCUUUUGAAAAAAGACCCUAGACUUGAACCUACUAUAUAAUCUAAACAAAUUAACCACUAGACCAACUCCUAGCCGGUUUCUCGUUAUAACUUAUCAUAUUUACGGCUAUGGACAAAAGUUAUACUUAUCUCGCCCAUGUCUACUUGUACCUGGUCCUUUCAGUACUCAUUCUUACUUUUGUUGCCAUCACAGGAUCCUCAGGUAGUAUGCGUUUGGUUAACUGACCCAAAACAUUAGAAAAGGAUGAAGAGAAGACGUUUCUAUGAUUUGAAGCAUCCAUUUGAUCCAUUCCCUUUCGAGAUCUUCUCCUGUGGUACAUGGAAGCCUGUGGAAUACAUAAGGAUCCAACAUGGAAAGAUGACAGUACCUCUGUUAGAGAACGGCUAUAUAUUGGAAGAUAUACGUCCCUUCCAACGACUUCGUCUCAGAUCAAGAAAGGCCACUUUGAACGACUGCACAUGUUUCCUCCGGCCUGGUAUCGAUGUUUGUGUUCUCUAUCCUCUCCAUGAAGAUGACUUGGAACCGGUUUGGAUCGACGCGAGGAUUGUUUCUAUAGAGAGAAAGCCACAUGAAUCUGAAUGCACUUGCGAGAUCUACGUAAGAAUCUACAUAGACCAAGGCUGCAUUGGAAUGGAAGGUCAAAGAAUCAACAGAGACUCAGUAAUCAUCGGUCUAAACCAAAUCUCCAUCCUCCAAAAGUUUUACAAGGAACAAAGUAGUGAUCAGUUCUACAGGUGGAAGUUCUCUGAGGACUGCACUACACUGAUGAAAACAAGACUCUCGUUAGGAAACUUCUUGCCGGAUCUUUCUUGGUUGCUUGUUACUUCGGUAAUGAAAAACAUUGUGUUCCACGUAAGGACAGUGCAAACAAAGAUGGUUUAUCAGAUUGUAACGGAUGAAGCCUCUAGCAGCUCUUUGAGCUCUAUGAAUAUAACGGUGGAAGACGGUGUGUCUUUAUCCAAAGUGGUUAAGUUUAGUCCUGCGGAUAUAGUAGAUCUUGAAGUGAACCAAGAAACAGAACUCUACUCGGAAGAAGAUGAGGUUGUGGAACUGCGUCGGUCCAAGAGAAGAGUUAUGAGACCGGAUAGGUAUACCGGAUGUGAUUAUCAGAUAGAUACAAAUGAUGGUUGGGUGCGGAUGAUGCCAUACCGGUUUGAAAAGUUGGCUGUUGUUAGUAUGGAAGAUGAGUACUACGAAGAAGAAGAAGAUAGUGGCCAUGAGGAUGAUGAUGAUACUCAAAAUGAUUUGUUCAAGAUAAAAAGAUCUAAGUCACUUCAAUUGAAACCAAAACGUAGACAAGGUCAGAUUGUUAUGGUAGAGAAGAAGAGAAGACGUGGACUUGGUGUAAAACAAAGGAAGUCUCUACAAGUGAUACCAAAACGUAGACAAGGUCAGAUUGUUAUGAUAGGUAAGAAGAGAGGACGUGGACUUGGUCGGAAAGAGAAGAAGUCUGGGCUGACUGUGAUUCCUUUCACUCCUGUGUUUGAUCCUAUACCGUUGGAACAGUUUGGUCUUAAUGCUAAUAGCUUGGACCAAGGUGGCGGUUUCUCAAGAAACCAGUACUUUGAUGAGAUUGAGAACUACCGAAGCAAGUCUGCUAAGUUUGGUAAGAAAGCAACUGAAAUGGAAGAGAUGAUGGAGUCUGAUCUAUGUUGGAAGGGUCCUAACCACGUGGUGAAGUCGGUUCAAACACGAGUAACCAGAUCAUCAUCGCGGUCAGCUGCUCAAAAGAAUAAGUGUUCUGAUGAACCAAAGGUGUACAAGAAAGUAACACUAAGCGCAGGUGCAUAUAACAAGCUGAUAGAUGCAUACAUGAGCAACAUCGAUUCAACAAUUGCAUCCAAGAACGAGCCGGCCAGUGUUGUUGACCAGUGGGAGGAGUUAAAGAAGACGAACUUCGCUUCUAAACCGCAUGGAUGGGAGAUGGGAGGAGCCUCUGGUGAGGAUGGUGAGGGAGAGACUUCAGAGAAUGAUAUGUUAUGGAGAGAAAUGGAACUCUGCUUGGCUUCUUCUUACAUUCUUGACGACAAUGAGGUAAGAGUGGACAACGAGGCUUUUGAAAAAGCUAAAAGUGGUUGUGAACAUGAAUAUAUGCUGGAUGAAGAGAUUGGGAUGUGUUGUAGGUUAUGUGGUCAUGUAGGAAGUGAGAUCAAACAUGUUUCUGCACCUUUUGCUAAACAUAAGAAGUGGACUAUAGAGACUAAGCAGAUAGAAGAAGAUGACAUAAAGACUAAACUGAGCCACAAAGAAUCCACAAGCAAAGACUUCACUAUGUCAAAUGAAUCUUCUGAGAUGCUUACAGCUGAAGAAAGUGACAACGUUUGGGCACUAAUACCUCACCUUAAGAGGAAACUACAUAUGCAUCAGCGGCGAGCUUUCGAGUUUCUCUGGAGAAACCUAGCAGGAUCUGUGGAGCCUCCUCUUAUGGAUCCCACUUCUGACAACAUAGGAGGCUGUGUGAUCUCUCAUGCUCCAGGAGCUGGCAAAACUUUCCUGAUGAUUGCUUUCCUCACAAGCUACCUAAAGCUGUUUCCCGGGAAGAGACCUUUGGUUCUUGCUCCAAAAACAACUCUCUACACUUGGUACAAGGAGUUCAUCAAAUGGGAGAUCCCAGUUCCUGUUCAUUUGAUCCAUGGACGAAGAACCUACUGUGUAUUCAAGAAGAACAGUGUAGUUAACUUCAAUAGAGUUCCUAAACCUAGCCAAGAUGUUAUGCAUGUUCUUGACUGCUUAGAGAAGAUACAGAAAUGGCACGCACACCCUAGCGUUCUUGUAAUGGGUUACACCUCGUUUCUGACUUUGAUGAGGGAAGACUCCAAGUUUGCUCACAGGAAGUACAUGGCCAAGGUGCUAAGAGAGAGUCCUGGACUUCUUAUUCUUGAUGAAGGACAUAACCCUAGGAGCACCAAGUCGAGACUACGCAAAGGGUUGAUGAAAGUUGGUACUGACUUGAGAGUACUUCUCUCAGGUACUUUGUUUCAAAACAACUUCUGUGAGUACUUCAACACUUUGUGUCUAGCUAGACCAAAGUUUGUUCAUGAAGUUCUAAUGGAGUUGGAUCAGAAGUUCAAGGCUAAUCAAGGUGUGAAUAAAGCUCCUCACCUUCUUGAGAACAGAGCUCGUAAGUUCUUUCUUGAUAACAUCGCCAAGAAGAUUGAUGCUGGUGUGGGAGAUGAACGUCUUCAAGGUCUCAACAUGCUUAGGAACAUGACUACUAGCUUCAUUGACAACUAUGAAGGAAGUGGCGGCGGCGAUGCUCUUCCCGGUUUGCAGAUCUAUACGCUGUUGAUGAACUCAACGGAUAUACAGCAUAAGAUCCUCACAAAGCUUGGAAACGUAAUGGCGUCUUAUCACGGGUUCUUACUAGAGCUAGAGCUUCUGGUUACAUUGGCAGCUAUACAUCCUUGGUUGGUCAAGACCUCAGCCUGUUGCGCCAAGUUCUUGAACCCUCAAGAACUUUUAGAGAUCGAGAAGCUCAAGCCCGACGCGAAGAAAGGAUCUAAAGUCAUGUUUGUGCUUAACUUAGUGUUCAGAGUGGUCAAGAGGGAGAAGAUCUUGAUCUUCUGCCACAACAUUGCACCAAUCCGUCUGUUUAUAGAACUGUUUGAGAGCAUUUUUAGGUGGCAGAGAGGGAGAGAGAUCUUGACCUUAACGGGUGAUCAAGAGCUAUUCGAGAGAGGUAGAGUGAUAGACAAGUUUGAAGAGCCUGGAAACCCAUCAAGAGUCUUGUUAGCUUCGAUCACAGCUUGUGCAGAAGGGAUUAGCUUAACUGCGGCUUCGAGGGUGAUCAUGCUUGACUCGGAGUGGAACCCUUCAAAGACAAAGCAAGCUAUAGCUCGUGCGUUCAGACCGGGACAGCAGAAAGUUGUGUACGUUUAUCAGCUCUUGUCUAGAGGAACGUUGGAGGAAGACAAGUACAAGAGGACGACAUGGAAAGAAUGGGUUUCGAGUAUGAUAUUUAGUGAGGAGUUUGUUGAGGAUCCGUCUCUUUGGCAAGCGGAGAAGAUUGAAGACGAUGUUCUUAGAGAGAUAGUGGGGGAAGAUAGAGUUAAGUCUUUCCAUAUGAUCAUGAAGAAUGAGAAGGCUUCAACAGGGUGAUGGUUUUAUAAGAUAGCUAGUAUAAUAAGAGCAUGGAAAUAAACAGAAGCAAGAAGGUUAGUUCUCUGUUUCUCCAUGGCUUUGAUGAUGAAUGUUAAGUACCUGGAACUCAUGUGUGCCAUGCACUAAUAACGCAUAAGACUAUGUGAAAAUGUACUUGUAUAAUAUUAACAAUGUGUAAUAUUGACAAAUAUCAGUAACAAUGUAAUGUGAAAUAAUAUGUGUUUCUAGUGAUAUUCUAAUAUGAACAAAUACUAGUCUAUAGCCAUAUUAAACUCUCAUUGAACCUUAAACUUCUUGUUAUAGGCCAUUAGGCCAACAAUAAUGGAAAGACAUUUUGUUGCAAAAGAAUAUGCAUAUUACAUUUGAUUAUUAUCAUUUUCUAAAAGAACCUUUGAUCCUUCUACUCUUUAGCCAUCGACAACUCAUCAUCACCUGUCAGUAUCUGACUUUUAUUGGAGAUAGCUUGGAAAAGUUCGUGGCAAGUCCCUGAAAUGAAAAGACUCGAUAUAAGAAAAGUGUCUUCAUUUAUGAAUUACAAGGAUACACAAAUGGCUAAUCAAAGAAGAAAACACUGAAAAAUUACACAGAGAGAGAGAAUAUGACAAAAAGAAUA